UUCCGCCCCUGUUUUCCUGUCCGUAUCCGGGAGCCGCGGUGCUCAGCGUAUCCCGUGCUUCCUGGCUUCCGGAGCCCCCGAUCUCCGCAAGCUCCCCAAAGUUCCGGCGGCGGCAGGCUAGCGCUCGACCCGGCGGAGAGCGCCGCCUUUCUCUGCUUUGCCGCGCCAUGGCCGCCUCCGAUUUGUCCACCAACCUCCAGGAGGAGGCCACCUGCGCCAUCUGCCUCGACUACUUCAUGGACCCUGUGAUGACCGACUGCGGCCAUAACUUCUGCCGCGAGUGCAUUCGGCGCUGUUGGGGCCAGCCCGAAGGCCCAUACGCCUGCCCUGAAUGCCGCGAGCUGUCCCCGCAGCGGAAUCUGCGGCCCAACCGCCCGCUUGCCAAGAUGGCCGAGAUGGCGCGGCGCCUGCACCCGCCGUCCCCCGUCCCCCAGGGCGUGUGCGCUGCGCACCGAGAGCCGUUGGCCUCCUUCUGCGCCGACGAACUGCGCCUACUGUGCGCGUCCUGCGAGCGCUCUGGGGAGCACUGGGCGCACCGCGUACGCCCGCUGCAGGACGCAGCCGAGGACCUCAAGGGCAAGCUGGAGAAGUCUCUGGACCACCUGCAGAAGCAAAUGGAGGACGCGCUGCUAUUUCAGGCCCAGGCAGAGGAGACCUGCGCCCUGUGGCAGAAGAUGGUGGAGAGCCAACGGCAGAAUGUGCGUACAGAGUUUGAGCGGCUGCGCCGCCUGCUGGCAGAGGAAGAGCAACGGCUGCUGCAGAGGCUGGAGGAGGAAGAGCUGGAGGUGCUACCCCCACUGCAGGAGAGCGCGGUCCGCCUUGGGCAGCAGAGCGCACAGCUGGCGGAUCUUGUUGCAGAGCUGGAGGGGCGCUGCCAGCUGCCCGCACUGGGGCUGCUGCAGGACAUCAUGGAUACCUUGCACAGGGUCCAGGAAGUGAAGCUACAGCCACCUGAGGUGGUGCCCAUGGAGCUGAGGACGGUGUGCAGGGUCCCAGGGCUGGUGGAGGCUCUUCGAAGGUUUCGAGGGGAUAUAACGCUGGAUCCUGACACUGCUAACCCUGAGCUGGUCCUGUCAGAAGACAUGCAGAGUGUGCGGCGGGGGGACCUGCGGCAGCCCCUGCCCGACAGCCCUGAGCGCUUCGACCCUGGGCCCUGUGUGCUAGGCCGGGAGUCCUUGAACUCUGGCCGCCACUACUGGGAGGUGGAGGUUGGUGAGCGGGCCAGCUGGGCCUUAGGUGUCUGUAGGGAGAAUGCUAACCGCAAGGAGAAGGGCGAGCUCUUUGCUGGCAAUGGGUUCUGGAUCCUGGUGUUCCUGGGGGGCUUCUAUAACUCCUCUGAGCGGGCUUUCGCCCCCCUGCGAGACCCACCCCGGCGCGUGGGCAUCUUUCUGGACUAUGAGGCUGGGCACUUGGCUUUCUACAGCGCCACUGACGGUUCACUCCUAUAUGCCUUCCCUGAGACACCCUUCUCAGGGACACUGCGUGCCCUCUUCUCACCUCUCUCCAGCAGUUCCACCCCCAUGACCAUCUGCGGACCCAAGGGUGGGCCUGGGGAUGGGCUGGUUUCCCAGUGAGUGGGCCUCUCAUGCCUUUGUCCUGCAUUUGAGUCUUCGAGGGUGUCCUGAGCCAUGGAAAGAACUCCCAGUGCUGUUUCAUGUGUAUAAUAAAAUCCCUACCCCUCUCAUUCCUGGGAAGCCAGCACCUGCAGGGCCAGCAAUAUCUCCCGCGUGAUCUUCCAUAGCCAUCUUAUGUCACCAGUGCAUUGCUCACAGCUUUCUGCAGAACCAAGUCCCCUGGGAACACUGUGCUGGAGCUCAACUGGUCCAGGGGUGGGUGAGGCACCAGGGCCUGUGAAAUUUUCUGGGACCUCAGACUGAGCCCUCAACAGCCCCAGAGCUGCAUCCCCAAAGAGGCCACUGGUAGGUGAGUCUUGUCAGCCUUACUCAGUGUCAGAUCCUAAAAAAUGGUUCUGGAUGUGGUUGCCUCAUUUACCAGGGUGCAGCAGUCCUUAGGAGAGGAGGGGGCAUGGGAAAGGCCAGAGCAAUGGCACUAAGAGCAAGAGGUACUGCAAAAGGGAACUGAGGGAACUGGACUUAGCUCUCAAGUCUCCAUGUGUGGAUCACUGUGGCUGCAGAAUGUUCCUUCCUGUCCUAGAGCUGACCAGCUCAGGAAAGACACUGGCCCUGCCUGGGGAAGGGGUGAGGCUGCACAGACCUCUCCUGCACCCCACCGGAUCCAAGAUUUAUGUUGGCUUGUUUUCAUGUUUCACAAGAAGGCCUGGUGCAGCAUCUCUGCACCCCUAGAUUUAAUCUGUUGUAAGGACCACCCUCACAGUAAAUAAACUAUGUCUGUGAUGCCACAGUCUUUAAUUGGUGGGCGGGAGAGUCUGUGGGCAGAGACCUGCCACCCACUGCAAAGUUGGGAACACAGUGACUGCUGUCCAUUCAUUUCAUGCAACUGCCAUGUAAUUCUUUUGCAAAUAACCUGAUCAACAAUUCUAGGUUCCAAGGUAUUCAGUAGCUAACUACUUGAUUAUUUAUUCAUUUUGUUUUCAUGUAUGUGCCACUUUGAGUAUUUUAAACAAUUCCUUCAAAUUAUAUGCAUGGGACAUUUUUCUCAGUCGAGCCAGGAGUCUGGCACUUUUCUAGCUGGGAAAGUUUUCCCAUCCCAGUUGACUGCCUACUGUUUCACUUCCUAUUGAGAUUCUGCAGAUACUGGUUGGUUCCUGCCUGGAGCAAGAGUUGGACUUUAAAGUUUAGGACUUCCUGGAUGACCACUGGAACCCAGGAGGUGGGACCGCCUCAGGGUGACAGUUCAGAGGAGCACACGACUGCCCUGAGAACAGCAGGCCAUGGCUCUGUAGCAAAGCUGGACACCAGUGUGAGAGGGGAAAAAUAUUCCUUCCACCCAUCUGAUCCCUGUCUGGACCCUUGUAAUAAAAGAUUAAUGAGAAGAACGUUUAUUAACACAUACACCUGGUGCACAUGGGAAACACCCAGAAAAAAAUUAGAAACUCCAGCAGCAGCUCAGAACUCAUGCCUCUGCAAUAAGGAACACGCUUUUGGGAAAUGACCGGUCAAGGCAGUGUGAGGGAAGAAAGAUUGGUUAGGGGUAUUAAGUAAGAUUCCCAGAGCCAAACCCAUGGUGAGAGAUCUCAUUGUCUCCUGUGACUGACUCAGUCUUUCCUGGGGAGGGCUUUUAGCUUCUUUAUUGUGCUUAUCAACUGCCUCCACCCCAAAUUAUCCUGUUGCCAAAGUGGGAUAUUUGGAAUGGAAUGUUUAGCCAUCCAUGACCAAGUGACAAGAAAUUAGCUUAGUUGAUGCCUAUCCACACACAUGCUGAAUAUACUUUCCAUGUUUUACCUGCUGAGCCAGUGGGGCUUUCCUGGGCACCAUGGACCACAGUAAACAGAGAAGAUCCUGUUCAUGGAGUUGAUACUGUUAUGUGUCAGCGAGAUAACCAUAAUCAGAGACGCACAGCCACAUUGUAAAGGAGCGCUUUAUUCUCACUGGAGGACUGAGAGGGUAUAGUCUCCCAUGAUUCUCCUUGCUCG